GGAUAAGAGAAGCACCUCUGUUGAACAGUGGCAGGUGCUGCUGAGCUUUUCCCUCAUCUACCAAUCACCAUAGUUUCAUAUAACCACUGGACAGUUUUCUGAAUCCUCAACAUACAGGAAGAUUGAUAUCUGCAAGGUGUGAGACUACUUGGAAGUUACAAGAAACACCCCAAGUCGAGACAGUUUCUAUUUCAUUCAAGCCAUGGAACAAGAUGCACCUGCCACUGGCCCAUCAACUAACCAGGGCUUCUGUAUUGCCGACUACGCCGUCUUCGCUGCAAUGUUGACAGUUUCAAUGGGUAUCGGCUUAUCCCAGAUGUUAAAAAAGAGGAAAGGAAGCCAAGGCAACGUGGAUGACUUCUUUACUGGGGGUCGUAACAUGCCAGCGGUGCCCGUGGGGUUGUCUCUGUGUGCCAGCUUCAUGUCUGCAGUACAGGUUCUGGGUGUGCCGGCGGAAGCCUCACUUUAUGGUUAUAAAUUCCUCUACAUGUGUCUGGGUCAGUCUCUCAACUCGUGCCUGACGGCAUACUUCUUCCUGCCUGUGUUCUACAGACUAGGCAUCACUAGCACCAACCAGUACCUGAAGAUGAGAUUUGGGAGAGGAAUGCAGCUACUGGGCAGCGUUCAGUUCAUAGUGGCAACACUCUUGUAUACAGGGAUAGUAAUCUAUGCCCCUGCCUUGAUACUUAACCAAGCUACAGGGCUUAAUAUGUGGGCCUCACUCUUUUCCACUGGCCUCAUCUGUACCUUCUAUACUACACUGGGAGGCAUGAAGGCGGUCAUAUGGACCGAUGUGUUCCAGAUCUUUGUCAUGCUGUCUGGCUUCAUGGCCAUCUUCAUCCAAGGAACCAUUCUUGUUGGCGGGCCUGCGCGGGUUCUGGAGAUUGCCAACAAUGGAUCACGCAUAAACUUUGAUGAUUUUGAUGUGGACCCCAGGAAGAGGUACACCUUCUGGAGCUUCUCAGUGGGUGGUACUCUGCUCUGGUUGUCCAUGUAUGGGGUGAACCAGGCCCAGGUCCAGCGCUACAUCUCCUGCAAAACAGAGAGACAGGCCCAGUGGGCCUUAUUUGUUAAUCAGGUAGGGCUUUGUCUCAUCGUGGGAAGUGCAGCUACCUGCGGCAUCGUCAUGUACGCGCUCUAUGUAAAGUGCGAUCCUUUAAAAUCCGGGAAGAUUUCAGCUCCCGACCAGUAUAUGCCCUACAUGGUCCUGGAUAUUUUUCAAAAUUACCCAGGCUUCCCAGGUCUUUUUCUUGCAUGUGCAUACAGCGGGACUUUGAGUACUGCCUCCACUAGCAUCAACGCCAUGGCGGCGGUUACCAUGGAGGACCUGCUGAAGAAACGUCUGGUCAAGCUCUCCCAGAAGAAGCUCGUACUGAUCUCCAAAGGCUUGUCGUUCCUGUAUGGAGCGGGGUGCAUCACUGUGGCUGCCCUUGCCUCGCUGCUGGACUGGGGAGUUCUUCAGGGCUCCUUCACUGUCAUGGGGGUAGUCAGUGGUCCACUUCUGGGUGCUUUCAUUCUGGGGAUGUUUGUACCAGCAACCAACAGGCCGGGGGUGUUUUCUGGAGUGUUUGUAGGAUUCUGCCUCUCUCUAUGGCUUGCCAUAGGCUCUACUCUCUACCCCCCCAGUCCGGUCUCUAUGGGGGUGUUGCCCACCUGUAUAGACUACUGUUUACCCAGCAACAACACACUGUUACAAACACUGAACGCUAGCCUGGACACGGGGACCUCUUUCUCCAAGCCUAUUCUCCCUGUUCGAAUUGGGGGCAUACGGGACUUCUAUUCCAUGUCUUAUCUCUACUUUGGUGCUGUGGGUACCAGUUCCACCGUGCUGGUUGGGAUCCUGAUAAGCUAUAUCACAGGAGCAACAAAGAGAAACACAAUUGGUCCAGGGUUACUGUGGUGGGACCUUCAUAAAAAGACUGUGGACAACCGUGCUCAUUAUACAGCGGAGCUAGGGAUAAAUCAUUCACAGACCGUGGCACUGACCAGCUUCCACAAAAGGGACGAAUACUCAAGGAAUCACCCCCACUCUAUGCUCCCUGGAAAAUCAUAGCACUCUUUGAGGAAUCGUUUUUUAACUCGAUUUAUGAAUUAAAUGUCGAGGGAGAGAUUCUUGUGCUUUUCUUUUGUUGUCCUCAUCUGAACAUGGGAAAGGACCAGUAGAGUAGUUCCAUAUAUCACUGGUUUACAUUCUCCCGAGUCCUGGAUUGUUCAAAAUCGCUCAUUUGUAAAGGAAUUCUUUGUUGAAUCGUCAUGCUCCUCGCUGCACACCUGUGACUCUUAACUGGGAAGAUGAUACUCAUUUAACCAGUGAACUACUGGAGCAAGUUUGGUAUAUGUAAUUUCUCUGCCAAAGUUAGGUUUCAGUUUAUGAACAGGUUUACUUAAGCAGAACUGCAUUGGGAUAUAAAUCUAAAAAUGAAUAUGAAUGCUUAAUUUUGCAGUGGAGACUAUUUGUUCAACUAGAUAGAUGUUUUGUUUUUUUUACUCUGUAAAUAAAAGUAAUGUUAAGAUUCCUGCACAUUCCAUAGUGAACAUCUGAUCAUAUGUUACCCCAGUAAUAAAGAAUGUAUAA